AUGCUUCGAUAUACUUUAUUUUUCUAUUUUAUGGUAAUAGCCAUACUACCGAUUGCAAGAUCAGCGGUAGUUAAUCCAAAGCCGACAACGUGUGCCGCUGUUAGAAGUAUUUAUCACGUUUCCCAAAAUGGAUAUUUCACACUCCACGAUUCUACAAACAAACCCUAUCUUGCAUUUUGCGACUUUCAAUCAGAUCCUGGAUUUGCAUGGACUCUUAUAGAAUCUCUAUCAAGAACCAAUGCAGCAACUACUACCUUUCGUAAGAGUUUUUAUUAUAAUGUUCCAUCUAAUGAAUGUACACCCAAUUGGUCGAAUUAUAGACUUUCUAAAGCUAAAAUGAGUGCACUGAAACAAGCUGCUUCAUCCACGCAUUUUCGCGCGACAUGUAACUUUGAUAACCAAAACGAGAAAGGAUUAGCAAAUCGUCGUGAUUACAUAAGAGUAUCCUUUUGCGCGUAUAAUAGCUUCUUUAGUGCUAGAAAUGCUUGGAUUUGCGCCGUAGUCGAUUACAUCAAUAUACGUGGAUAUUCAUGCAGUAAAUGCAAUAUUCCGUUUUACAGCUAUAGCAAUUAUCAUUUGUUUGUAGAUCUUCCACAAGCUAAAGUAAGUUGUGGAAGGUUUAACGUUCCUGAUGUAAAAUCUGGCGAAGAUAUCUUUGGUAAUUAUGUCCAUUAUCACCCGAAAUUUUCUUGUACUAUGAACAGCACAUCGACAACAAAUUGGUGGAUCGGCGGUGCCUUCUAUGAUUAAUUCAUCUCCAUGUCUAAGUUAUUACUGCGAUAUCUAUAGACUCCGUUGACUUAUCCCUACAUAAUAAUUGGAAUUUAGCGUUAGUUAAUGCUAUCGAUUAAUAUUGCAGUUAUACAUUAUCGAAAUUAUACGAUAGAGUCACCAUAAAAUAUUCGUACCUGUUAUUAUGUAAUAUUGAAUUUAUUUAGUAAUAUCGAUAAUCAUGAUACAGCUACAUGCGAUGUACCUUUUGUAAGUGUAUAUCUUAUAUACCGUCAAUUUUAUACAAUACGAUAAUCACCGAUGAAAAUUUGCAAAAAUAAAGUUUG